UUGAGUCAAAGUAGUUGGGUCAAUUAAGAAGAUUAUUAUUCUUUUAAAGUUAAAAUAGUUUUCUCAUUUAAUUUUCUCUGUAAUGCUUUUAUUACCCUGAAGUAUUAGGGUAGGGUCCUUACCUUAGUAGGGUGCAUGGUUUGGCCUAUCUGGCCAUUCCCUCUCUCUCUCUUUCCCUGUCUCUAUACACUGAUAUAUGCUUAUAAAGUUCAAAGGCUUCUAUAUAUAUGCACACUUCUAAGUAGCUUCAACUAGAGCAAAAGAAAUAAAAGCCCCGUGCCAUUUACAGCUCUGUGUUGUUCUUCUUUUUUUUUUUUUUUUCCUUGGAGUAGUGGGCUUUGAAGCUUUUCUUGAAGUAGAGCAAUGGCUGUUUUCUUGGUGAUUGUUUUUAUAGUCCUUUUUUUGCUCUGUGUCUCCUCUGCUUUGUUGAGGUGGAAUGAGGUUAAAUACAUGAAGAAGGGUUUGCCUCCUGGCACUAUGGGUUGGCCAGUUUUUGGAGAAACUACUGAGUUUCUUAAACAAGGUCCCAACUUCAUGAAAAACCAAAGAGCAAGGUAUGGUAAUUUUUUUAAAUCGCACAUUCUUGGGUGUCCUACCAUUGUUUCAAUGGAUCCAGAGGUAAAUAGGUACAUUCUCAUGAAUGAGGCAAAAGGGCUUGUUCCUGGUUAUCCUCAAUCCAUGCUGGAUAUAUUAGGCAAAUGUAAUAUUGCAGCAGUUCAUGGCUCCACUCACAAGUACAUGAGAGGUGCACUAUUAAGCCUCAUUAGCCCUACCAUGAUCAGAGAACAACUUUUGCCAACAAUCGAUGUCUUCAUGAGAACCCACCUCAGCAAUUGGCAUGACAAAAUUAUUGACAUUCAACAGAAAACCAAAGAGAUGGCACUUCUCUCAUCACUUAAGCAAAUUGCUGGCCCUGAUUCUAGCUCAAUAUCUCAAGCAUUCAUGCCUGAGUUUUUCAAGCUUGUUUUAGGCACCUUGUCGUUGCCAAUUGAUCUUCCUGGAACAAAUUAUCGUAACGGAUUUCAGGCUAGGCAAAAUAUUGUGAGCUUAUUGAGACAACUUAUAGAAGAGAGAAGGGCAUCAAAAGAAACCCAUAAAGACAUGCUUGGUUGCCUCAUGAAAACUGAUGAAAACAGAUACAAACUCAAUGAUGAUGAGAUAAUUGAUCAAAUCAUCACAAUUUUAUAUUCUGGGUACGAAACAGUCUCAACAACUUCAAUGAUGGCUAUUAAGUAUUUGCAUGAUCACCCUCAAAUCCUUCAAGAACUAAGAAAAGAACAUUUAGCAAUUAGAGAAAAGAAAAUGCCUGAGGAUCCAAUUAACUUAAACGACCUUAAAUCGAUGUGUUUUACUCGUGCGGUGAUUUUUGAGACCUCAAGAUUAGCUACAAUAGUUAAUGGGGUUCUGAGAAAGACUACUAAAGAAAUGGAAAUAAAUGGAUUUGUGAUUCCUGAAGGAUGGAGAAUCUAUGUUUAUACUAGGGAGAUAAACUAUGAUCCCUACUUGUACCCAGAUCCAUUGUCUUUCAACCCAUGGAGAUGGAUGGAUAGAAGUUUGGAGUCUCAAAACUAUCUCUUCAUUUUUGGAGGGGGUACCAGACAGUGUCCUGGAAAGGAACUAGGAAUAGCAGAAAUUUCAACUUUCCUUCACUAUUUUGUAACCAGAUACAGAUGGGAAGAAGUUGGUGGAGACACACUAAUGAAAUUCCCAAGAGUAGAAGCACCCAAUGGACUACACAUUAGGGUUUCAUCUUACUAAUAACCCUAACCUAUGAAUGUACAUAAGAGAUAUAUCUAUAUAUAAUAUAUAUAGCAUUAUCAGGAAAAGACAAAAAAAAAAAAAAAAAGAGGGAGAAGGAUGUACAAUGAUCUUCUAACAGAUUAGAAAGUGAGUCAUGACAUUGAGCCUUUCCAUUUUUGCCUAUCAAAGCUAUGGGUUCUCUUCUUUAUUCUUGUUACUUACCUUCAUAUUUUCUUUAAAAAAAAAAAAAGAAAUUGGCUCACA